GUGCCCAGUAAGCACAUUUGUUGGGAAAUCCGCUCGUGUUCCACGGUCCAUGCAUUUAUCGCACGGGGGCAAUCGCUCUUUUCUGUGGAUAAGCUUAAACGGAUAAGUUUCAAACCCCGCCGGUCCCUAAAUAUUUCCCUCGGGGGGUCAUUAUGCAGCUCGAGCGGAGGUGACGUGUGGUUACUUCGGUACCAAAUAUGAACGAGUGACAGUGGAGCGCGAGCGGAGAGAGCGACGUACGUCCGACCCGGCGAAUCCGCUUCAACGUGCAGAGACGCGUUGAGAGAUACGUACAAUAGCGUACAACAGAGUGCGAUGUAGACGGACAAAGGGGAAAAGUAACGGUGUGCUGUAUAAUAAGACUGUUUUAAAGAGCUGUUUUCUGCCGUUCAAUUGGAUUUAGGAGUGAUGAAGAUGUUUUUGGGAUGCGGAGGAAAGGAAUGGUUUCUCUGCAGCAGAACAAUAAGUCUGACUGGAUGUAUGUGAAGAGCAACGCAUCGCCCUGCUGCCGUUAAAACUGAACAUUGCGGGAUUUUGCUUAGUGCUUCAAGAGGAAUUCGUUGCGGUUCUUGUAUCCAUUGCACCAUUCAGGUAUUUGAGGUAUGGGAUAUGGACAACACUGCAGCACCAAAAUGAGAAGUCUGUGGGUCGGUGUUGUUGUUUUUAUGACUUUCACCUGCCAUCUGAGCCUUUCCCAGUCCACUACAGGGACCCCUAAAGAGUCAGAGCUCAAUGAUAACAUCACAGUGUUCACACGGAUCCUAGAUGGAUUACUGGACGGCUACGAUAACAGACUGCGACCUGGGCUGGGAGAGAAAGUGACAGAAAUUAAGACCAACAUCUUCGUCACCAGCUUUGGGCCAGUGUCUGAUACCGAAAUGGAGUACACCAUCGACGUAUUUUUCCGUCAAAGCUGGAAAGACGAACGUUUGCGUUUUAAGGGCCCAAUGGAGAUGUUACCUCUGAAUAACCUGCUGGCCAGCAACAUCUGGACCCCCGACACCUUUUUCCUCAAUGGCAAAAAAUCCAUUGCCCAUAACAUGACCACCCCCAACAAGCUGCUGAGACUGAAGGAUGAUGGGACAUUGCUAUACACCAUGAGAUUGACCAUAUCAGCUGAAUGCCCCAUGCAGUUGGAGGACUUUCCUAUGGAUGCUCAUGCCUGCCCACUCAAAUUUGGCAGCUAUGCCUACCCUAUUUCCGAAGUGGUAUAUAAGUGGACUCAAGACCCUGCCAAGUCUGUGGUGGUUGCAGAGGAGGGGUCCCGUCUCAACCAGUACCACCUGACUGGCCAAACAGCCGGUACCGAAGAUAUCAACACAAGUAGAGGUCAAUAUACUGUGAUGAUGGCCCAUUUCUACCUGAAGAGGAAGAUUGGUUACUUUGUGAUCCAGACUUAUAUGCCCUGCUUCAUGACUGUCAUUCUGUCCCAAGUGUCUUUUUGGCUCAACCGAGAAUCUGUCCCCGCCAGGACCGUCUUCGGUGUAACCACAGUGUUGACCAUGACCACCCUAAGCAUCAGCGCCCGCAACUCUCUCCCCAAGGUGGCGUAUGCCACUGCAAUGGAUUGGUUUAUUGCUGUCUGCUAUGCCUUCGUGUUCUCAGCACUCAUUGAGUUUGCCACAGUCAACUACUUUACCAAACGCAGUUGGGCGUGGGAUGGAAAGAAAGCACUGGAGGCCCAGCAGCCAAAAAAAAAAGAUCCAUUGGCGCUCUCCAAAAAGCCAAACAACGCCUGUUCGUCUGGAGUCAACUUCACCCCCAACAUCACGAAGGACGCGGCUAUCUCCACCAUCUCCAACAGCACCGCUGUUCAGCUGAAGAGCGCCGAGAGCAAGCCGGCAAUGGACCCCAAAAAGACCUACAACAGCGUUAGCAAAAUUGACAAGAUGUCCCGGAUAGUGUUCCCUGUCCUCUUUGGGACUUUCAACCUGGUCUACUGGGCCACAUACCUCAACAGGGAACAGGUCAUUAAAGGAGCCGUUUCGCCCACAUAAAAUGGUUGAUCCCGUGCUGACGACGGUCCCUCUGCAUCCUCUUUUUCUUCAGUAUUAAAUGACAAACUGACCCUGCAAGAAAUUAUGCCAAGCACUUAUUUACUGCACUUCUCACUUCGCUAAUCUAUAAGGGGAGUGCUCCUGUUGAAUUUCCCUACUGAUAUCAUAAAUUGCAUGAUAGAUUCAAAGCUCUAUGGGAAUAUUAUUGCCAUAUCUGCCUUGACUUUCUACUUUAUAUUCCCCUGUACUACUAGGAUUUCAUUGGUUACCGCAUUCAUCUCACAAGGAAAUGAGCGCCACACAGGCUAUCGUUUCAUUCAUUCCAAAGGAUGUAAACAAAAGUAAUGCAUUUGGCAUCAACAUUUAUUACAGAAUCGAGAUUUAAAAAGUACAGCAAGGCCAAAUGCUAUGCAAAAACAUGGUUUUCUACUACGUAUAUUGUAAUCAGUGAUUGCUUAUCAAAAAUCUUUGCUUUGUAUGAAAGGACGUCUCUUCUUUACAUUUAGACUUAGCAUCAGUAGGGAGGCAGACUUCAUACAAGUGCUCUGGAAUGUCAAUUGCAAGACAAGUUCAAUUCUUGUCAUUUUUUAGGCUUUUUUGAACUAGCUAACUAGCAUUGUGCACCCUAAAGGCAGCUUUUCACACUUUAGUCUGAGGUUUUCUGCAAAGUGAACGAGGUGGAGACUUUCAAAUGAUUUGUACAUAGCUUGUGUAUGCUUUUGCUUUAAUGUAGACACGGCUUAACGUUAGCGAUGAUGAGGAGCUUAAAAAACGCUAUUCUAAUGUGCAGCCAAAGCGACGUGAACGCGAGCUAGCUCGCUUGCGGUGAUAACGCAGAUUUGUAUUGUGAAAUAUAGUAGGCUUUGACAGAAUACGGCAUUUCUUUACAGUUAUUUAACGUAGCUUUUCAUGCUGUUUAGGCAAUCGUCGAUUUCUUACUUUCUCUGUGCUGUUAAUUGUGGAAUUUGAUAUUCUGGAUCAGGUUGGACUGGUUGGCAAAAGCCUUAAAUGUUAACAUCUACAGUAGGUGAAAUAGGGCUCAUUUCUUUGUGCUGCCACGUAGAUUAAUAUCAGUGAAAUCAACAAUAUAUGUAACACGCCUGAGGAAAAUCACUAUUCAGAGCGGAUUCGAAAAACGGAUAGAUAAUGAAAAACAGAGUGUGAGAGAAACUCGAUUUGGUAUGAGAUAUGUUUUAAAGAUGGUAGCUUCUGUUGUCAAGCAUGAAAAAUGAAGCUUGUUGAAACUGACACGUCACACCAACACACCAGCUCAAGCCUUCCAUUGAAACGCAUGGCUACUUUUUUAGGGACUAAAAUUGAGGGAAGAACGGUGGCCUUGUUAGCGUCAAACUUGGAAAGACUUGGUUAUUAUACUGCAAUUAUUCUGUUCUGAACUUGUUACACGAAUGUGAGCUGGCACAAAGAACUACUGUAAAUGACCACAUGGAUCCACAUGUAGGUCAUUAAGGGGGCCGACUACAGCAGCCAAUACACCAUUACACCAUAUAGUACUCAGGCCUAUACGAGUAAGAAUUGGAAAAAAAAUGAGUUAAAGAAAGUAAGUAAUGUGCCCAUUUACAAUACUGGAUGAUUCCAGAAAUGUACAGCUGUUCCUUGAAGCAUACAUGUCUGAAGCAAUAAAUUCAUGCCUGAUAUGUUUCUUGA